GUGGUUUCGUCAUAACAAUGCAUUUCAAGGAACAUACACGCGCCAAGGAAUGUUUUCUGUCGUUGUUUCGCUAAUGUUGUCGUUUCACACGUUUAACAGUAUCUCGUGCUCAGGUAAACGCUGCCAUUAACGGACGGGACGUUUCGUGGUUUCUGGAGGAAACGGAUUUCCUUGUGCAGCAGUUGGAAGCGCUGUGUUAGCUGGUUUAGCGUUAGCAAGCUAAUAGCACCUCCGUCAGGGACAUUGUCAAAAAUCUGUCGGAGGAAAACGCAGUCGAUUGAUAGUCAGUUAACGGCAGUUUCUACUGGGUGAUGGUGGUCGGUUAAAGGCGGUCACAUGCAAGGAUAACUUGAUGGGACUCGACGUUUCGGAGACUGAAACACCUGCCAUCUCCCCUCCUCGCCGUGCAAGCAAACUAGCUAAGAAAGUUUAAGACAAUCAGAGGCAACAUACAAGUGCCUCCACUCUACGGUUUCCUCUCCCCAGAGCGUGACUCGUCUGCACGACGUCACCAAUGCGACCAUGGGAAAUAGCAGUAAAUAGGCUGCCACCAACAGCCCCCUUAAACCCGAGGAGGUUCCUUGGAGAGCCCUGCAACGCCCCAGUGCAUCUCAGGAGAAACCCACCAGUGAGACGCCAGUGGGGGAGACGAGACAGACCUGUACUGCACACUUCUCUGGUCCAGGAUGAGAACUUCCAUCAUCUGCUUUUCUCCCAGCAUCACCAACAGGUUCCUUUAGAUGAGUCCAGACAAUACAGCCACACCAGCACACCACCACGCAUGCUUCACCCUGCUGCUCACCUGCCCCAGCAGAGCCCCAUCAUGGUGGAUCUACAUGACCAGAUGCACCAGGGAUCAGUUCCAAUAUCAUACACUGUUACGACGGUGACGACCCAUGGAUUUCCCAUCCACACCGGGCAGCCCCUCCCAGGGUGCAACACUCAGCAGCUCCCAGCAUGCUCGGUAAUGUUCAGCGGACAGCUCUCUCUGCUCUGCUGCCUUCCUCCUCCUCUCAUACAGGCAUGUACGAUGCAGCAUAUGCCAGUGUCUUAUCAAGCCUUUCCACCCCUGAUUUCCAGCGAACAUUUUGUAUUGCACCCAACCCCAUCUGUACCCCCCCACCAGCCGCCGCACCUUACUCCUCUGAGCCAGUUUGUCCCUUUACAGCCUCAGCACCCACGCAUGCCUCUACAGAGGGUAGAAAAUGAAGUUGACCUAAGAGGGGACCAGCACCCAUUAGGGACCUUCUCCUACCCUCCGUCUCAUCACCCACCAGCGCUGCCUCCUUCUCUGCCCCUGCAGUAUCUUCCUCAAGAGCCUCUGCAUCAGGAGCUUCCCUUUGGAGUGCCAUAUCCCCACAUGUUGCCCCGGCGAGUGAACGGUCAGAGAUAUCGGUUGCAGCAACCUCUCCCCCCUCCUCCACCCCCUCCAUCUUACUACCCAGGCUUCCUUCCUUACUUCCUGUCAAUGCUUCCUGUGCCUCCUACAGCAGUGGGCCCAGCCAUCAGUCUAGACCUGGAUGUUGAUGAUGUGGAGAUGGAGAACUAUGAGGCAUUACUGAAUCUGGCUGAGAGGUUGGGUGAAGCGAAACCACGUGGACUCACAAAAGCAGAUAUAGAGCAACUUCCGUCCUACAGAUUCAACUCAGAGAAUCAUCUAUCUGAACAAACGCUGUGUGUUGUGUGCUUUAGUGACUUUGAGUGUAGGCAGCUACUUCGGGUAUUACCUUGUAACCACGAAUUCCACGCAAAGUGUGUGGAUAAAUGGUUAAAGACCAAUCGCACUUGUCCUAUCUGCCGAGCUGAUGCCUCGGACGUACACCGGGAGGUGGAGUGAGAACUGUCUCUGAGUGCUGAACUGGAAAGCUGCACACACACCAGAGUCUGUCCCAAAGCUGGGGACACCUGCCACCUAACCUGCGUCCUCCAGUAAAUAUAGCUUACCAACCCACUACUCCUGCCCCAUUCCUAAAUAAUAAGCAAUCCAGGAUUGUUUCUGGAGCCUGUUGUACCUCUGCUGUGCUUCAUGGUCUGAGUCUCAUGAAACCCACUGCCUAUUGCAGCCUAUAGCCAGAGUUCUGGGAUCGCCAGCCAGUUCUUUCUCUGCCCCCUUGUUGCAGAUUCCAAAGAUUUUCCCUACAAUGCAUUAUUUGCUGCUUUUGUUUACAGGGUUUCAUUUUUCUUUAAUGGAUUUGGUUGUGGUGUUCACGAAUAGUGGGCGUCCUGCAUAGGAAGAGGUGAGUCGGGGAGCCUGGAGGAUCAUAGACUGGACACCUUGUGCAAUUAGCAGAAGAAAAAUAGGAAUACUUCAACAUGGGUAUCUGUGUUUGGAGGCGACGCCUGACCAUCAUAGAUGCAUGUUUGUGUAGGUGUUGGGCUAAAGUGACUUGUUAAUAAUGUAUGUUCUGCAAUAAUGUAUUGAUAAUUUCAACAGUUUUACCCCUUACUUGUUUUAGAUUUUGCCAGUGCUAUUGUGAAAGUGUGACUUGCUGUGGUUAAAUGCAGAUUCUGCUAAGCCUGAGGUUAUGGGACAUGCAACUGUGAGGUAUCUCCUACCCCAGAUAAUCCACUCUGGAACACAGAUCUGUACAAAAGCAGUCAAUGGAUUAAUGGACUGCGUCAUCUGACAUAACUGCACAAGUGCUACAUCCACCCUCCACGUCAGCAUUGUUCCUCUGGCAAGUGUGUACGCGUGUGUGCAUAUUGUGUGUGUAUGUUUGUCCUGUUCACAGACCCAAUGCAUUGUGUAACCACUGGAUACAGGGCAGCAUGCUAGGAUUUGCAUGAACUGUUGAUUCAGACUAGCAAUAUUUUAAUCAAGCAUUGCCACCAAAAUUAUCAAAUUUUAAGAAAAAGAAGAGACAAAGAAGCAUACUAAAAGAACUGCUUGCUUAUUCAGAGAGCGCCAUGAGGGAAGACUAGCAUGUGGUUCCACCCCGACUGCGUAUAAGGAUGGGAGUCCUUGUCCGAAGGCUAUGCUGAUGCCAUAGACCUCUGGAGGCCUGUGCAGAAAGCAAUAUGUGCAGUGAGUGGCGAGUUUUAAAUGAACAUUUUCUUGCCCUUUUAGGAAGACGGGGCUUUUUAUUUCUUUGUUUGUGAGCCAAAUCCAAUAUACAGAUAUAGCCUACUGUUCAAGAUUUCAGAUCUGCCUUCUUAUGACCUUGACAAGCACAAACCUAUUACUAAUCCUGAAAAUACUUUGUCAUUUCCACUUGUUUUAAAAGUAUGCCGUUUUUAAAAAAAAAAAAAAGGUUUAUUUAUUGGUUUUAUCUUCUAGAGAAAAUGCAUUGAAGGAAACAGUUGGAGCACUAACAAUGUUUGUGUAUGGUAUGUGUUAUAUUCUGGUAACUUGGUCAGGUCAUUGUCUUAGGCCAUGGUAAUGGUGUUGUAAAAGAGCAACUGUAUGUAUAGCUUAAGUGUGAAUGCUUUUAGAUAAACGUUUGAAGACAGAAGAAUGUUGAAAACCCUUGUAGAAGUCACUGGUGACACUUCACGUUACACCAGCUGUCUGCAUCCCACAGUGAUGGAGACAGCCUUCAAAUGACACAGAGCUGGAGUGUUCAGUAGUGUAGAAACACUGUUAGACUUCUAGUUCCCUGCUUGUGUUCACACUUCAAAAAAACAAAAAAACAAAAAACAGGAUAUAUUUGGGGUGGGAGGGAGAAGAGCAACAAAUGAACUUUUGCUUUGAAUUCACUCUUGUCUCUUAACUGCCCCAGUAAGCACUAACAGGCAGUUGUAACCUUUGCUUUUAUGUGUAAAGGGAUCUUGCCUUUUUCUUUACUU